AUGUCAGCUAUACUGGGAUCUUUCAAACUCUCUCAGAAGAGGAAGGCGGAGAAUUUAAAGAUAAAGAAAAAACAGCGGGAGAUCAGAAAAGAGAUGAAGGCAAAACAAUUACAGGCAGAACAAAAUUACCAUUACCCACUUGAAAGCUAUAGUGGAGCCCAACAACAGUACUGUACACCUAUUCGGGAAGAGGACGCAUUUGAUGACUCACCAGAUUCUCGUGAAGUAGUAUUCGAUUCAGAGUUUUCGGAAUGGAAAUUCAUGUACGGCCUACCAGACAACACAGGAAAACUGUAUGUCAUCAGACUGUAUCGAUCGGAAAGGAUUCUGUAUCUGAACGGUCAGCCGAUGUCAGAAGAUCAAUACACUCUGAAGGAGCUGCAUGGCGGAAAGGUCCUUAAGAUCAACUUCGACACUGAUGGAUUCAAAUGCGAGAUAAGGUCUUGUUUAACAGAAAUGCCUGACGACCAGAAUCAGACCCUCUUUGUUAAUGGAAAUCGCAUACAGUUUGAUGACGAAGGUGACGAUUUUGAUGCCGAGUAA